AUGCCUCUGGUAGAACUCAAUACUGGAACCAGUGAUUGGCACGACGUCAAAUAUGCUGCCUUAAUAUUAUGGAGAGCCUCUCAAAUUCCAGAUAUCAUUGCUCUACAGAGCGAUCUUCGCAACUACGAUACAAUUUCCGCCUCAAAAAUUAUUGAUAUUCACACCGGUAUCAAUCAAACUCGCAAAGCUAUUCUUGUCAAUGACCAGGAUACAAUCACCAUUGCCUUUGAAGGGUCAACAGAUGAUGAGAUUCUGGUAAACCUAUGGACUGAUGGUAAGGGUCCGAACUGGUGGGAUCUUCCAUAUCCUGUAUAUGUUGAUGGGAAUAGAGUCCACAGUUUCUACUUGGACAUGUGGAACGGAAUGAAAGCUGCUGUAUUCUCCGCUCUCGAUGACGCAGUCACUACAAUGCAGGAUCAUGACAUAGUACCAAAGAAAUUAAUUAUUGCUGGAUACUCCAUGGGCGGAGGGGUGAGCACUCUGGGAUUCACGAGCAUUGUUGAACAUGUCCGCCACACCUAUGGCUCUCAAUGUUCAUCUCCUCAAGACUGGGCGUCCGAUGACAACCUUGGGUCACUUAUCCAACACCUCACAUUUGCAAGUACGGGAGCAGGGGACAUGGGCUAUCUCACAUUGCUCAAUGAAUAUUACGAGCGAUACCAGAUCCGAGCUUGGGACUUUUUGAAUCAUUGGGAUCGGACACCUCUUGCUCCUCCGUAUUAUUUUCGAGAUUGGAGAGGCCAUCGUUACAUCUUGCCUCAAGAGGUGACUUGUAAUUUUGGGGCUGAAUUUGGUCCGAUAGGCCAUUUGAUUCAGGGGUAUUAUAAAGCUGCGGAGUGGAUGGCCAAGUAUGGGUUGGAUCAGGUAAAGACAGCCUACCGCAGUGGUUAUGCUUAA